AACAAUCGAUGUGUGUCACAUUUUUUCUCAUCCCGUACACACAUGCGUCUUGUUUUGGUCAGCACGUUCUUGAUUAUGCGGAACCGAACUCGCGGUCGCUGCAGGUACCACGCAGGUAGUUUUUCUUUCGCAGAACUAUGCCAGCGCUUUGUCGUUCGCUUUCUCAAGACCAUUGGAAUCGCAUCCGGCGUAGUUGCGCAAACCAUAACGAAGCCGAGAAGCAAGAGCACCGCGCUGCCAGCACAGGCUGAACCUGGACAAGAAUCCGAACUGCAGUAUCAGUCCAGCGCACUGGAGCGGGCUUGGCUGGCAAACCCCGAUUGGGCAGAAACCCCAUGCAGAAACCGCAAUGCCACGCGCUUAUUGAAACAGUGGAGCGCACGAACUACAGGUACAUACUGGGGGACAACUUCUAAUGCGUUGGGCCCACUUUGUUGCGGCACGACCACGAGGAACACGAACAACCGCGUGUCUGGUCGCGAGACGGAGACAAAAACCGACCAACAGCCUCUGGCUGGACCUCCGACGAGCUGCGUCAUAUCGGGUUGUCGCAAAGACGAUGUUGGCACCAGUUUUGGACAUGACAAGGAGUUCUACAGCUAUCAUGUACGACGACAAAAAACUACAAGUUGUGCACAAAUCUCGACAUCAGAAAAAGCACCGUCUCUACUACAGUGGACGAAUUCAACUACAUCCUCUUCUACCCCUCUGGAGCCCUUGGCCUUCUUGCUCCGACACGCACUGUGGCCGUGCGUGACGACAAAUUUAUUCAAGAAAAAAGCACCAUCACAAUCACUUUUGCACAUUUUUGCAAUACAAAAAUUUUUGUCAUGCGCAAAAAUGCAUCACAGUCAAGUGUUAUAGGUAUCCAACCAAGUUUCCUUUUGUGUUUUUGCAAUACAAGAAAAAUUUGUCAUACGAGACAAAUUUCUGAUGCAAAACCUCCUAAGUGUGAUUGUGAUGGUGUUUUUUUCCUGGAUAAAAUUUGCUGGAGUACUACAGCGAGAGACUGCGGCUUUCCGAAGCGGAACGGCGGAUACUGUUGGAGGCCUGGCCGCGGGAUGUGUUUGCGGCGUUUCACCUGGUUGGAAGUGGAAACGAAGAUAGUACGUCUGAUGCUGAAGCUGAUCCAGGUCCUCGCCGUGUGAGUGCGGCCCUACCUACGACAGACGCCACAAAUGUCUUGGAUUUCGACGAUAGGACGACCCUCUCCGCCAUGUUGCGGCACGCGGUGCAGUAUUUGGCCGGCUCGGCUGCGUCCGGCACAAGUAGAGACCGGUCCUUGUCUAGAAGUACUUCUCAGCCUGAUCUCACACGACUGCCCACAGCGAGGCGGCACGACAACCCAUCGCGUCAUUUGCUAAGUGAGCUACUGAACGCCUUUCUUCUCGAGGAGGUUCUUUUGCUGCCUUCGGGUGUUGGUGGUCCUGCAGACCAGGAUGCAAUUGCAGCGGAAAAGGACGACCCUCAGAUCAAAAGUUUGGAAGCCGGUGCGCAAAAACUCUUUUCCAGCCUGGCUAAGGGAAUCGACUUAGAAGAGGCGGACAUCAAACAAAGUCUGAGCCUUGGAUUACUCCUCGCGCGCGCCGUUUACGCAGCGGCGACGGACCGCAGCUACUUAGUUUUGGGGAGGCAAGAAGAUGUAGCUUAUUUUUAUUUUGCUAGUCUGUUUUCUGCGCCGGAGGUAUCAUCUACUCUAGUACGACCCCUAGCCAUACACCCUGCAGAUCAUAAUCAUGGAAACGAGGACACCAGCAUGAGCGACUUUGCUGGAGGUUUGUCCUCAGCACCUUCGCCAAAAGUAGUUCUGAUCGAUAUCGGGGUAUGAACUGCAAAAGUAUCGUACUCGUUUAAAUGCAUUACAAAUUUCCUCAGCAUGAGAAAUAAAAUUUGCAAUGCGGAUUUACCUAUAAGAAAAGACUUGUAAUGCAUGACUGCAAUACGAGUGCGAUACUUUUGCACAGGAUACGGGGGUGGCUACUACGACACAGGCGACACAGGUUCUAGCACCAAGUGGCUCGUGGAAAUGUACAGGCGAAAUAAGGUCAGUUUUGACGAAAUCAUUGUCUACGAGAAGCAAAAACUCGAUCCGCAAAGGUAUCAAAGGCAAGUGGAAGCGCAUUCAUUAGCCUACUUGGAACAUCAAGCGGGGUGUUGUUGUGGAGAUCGUCAAUUUUUGUCACUAAAUGACACGACUGCGCAUCAGACAGUCGAAAACCAUGCGGAGAGCGGAGACAGUUCAUGUUGUUGCUCAGCACGAGAAAAUGAAUUUCAGGUACGAAAGAUUCAUGCCGCGAUUGAUCAGCGGACCCAAUUCGCUUUCUCGCUCGAAAGGACACGACGACGGCAGGUGCUUACCAACUCUGAUGAAGAGGAAAGUCACGCUAGUGAUAGAAAUCGAGAUGAAAAUAAUGCGGUGGUGCUUACAGUUCGCCAUGCGGUGACAAGCGCUUCCGAGUUGCUGGAGGACGUAAAGGACUUGUGCCAAGGAAGCGCAAAAACAACCUCUGGAACUGGAUUCAACGACCGCAGACCACCAGACGAAGUUGUAGAGACAGACGAAGCCUCAGCCACUGCAGAUCUUCACGGGCAGAGGACCACCAUUCUGGGUCAGAACAGGAAAACAGGCCUACGGCAAGUACGACUGCCAGUCUGUGUAAUCAAGCUGGAUGUGGAUAACCCCGUUCUAGAGCACGAGUUCUUAGACGGUCUGCUCGAUGCGUUGGAAGCAAAGUCAAAUACACGACUUAAUGCGAGCACCCGCUUACCGUUACCGCUGCGUCUUUUCGAGUUUUUUUGGGAGCCGCACACUCACACGCUCUUCAACCUGAACAUGCAGCUCCCCGGAGGUCGUGGUCGAGGUCGUGGAGUGGCGCAGGUCGACCACAGCACCAGCUUGCAAACAAGACGAGGAGAGAGGACCUCAUCUUCUGCGACACUAAAUCGCGUUGGAAACUUUCGGAUUCCGUAUGACUACUUACUCCGCCUACGAAAAGCCGGGGUGCGGGCGCACGGAUGGAUAUGA